AUGUCGCAUAGAUUCGCUGAAAUUAUAUCAAAAGUAGCUAUUCCAUUAGGUAUAACGGUUACCUUAGGGCAAUCGGCACUUUACGAUGUCGAAGGUGGUAAAAGAGCUGUUAUUUUCGAUAGAUUAAAUGGUGUUCAACAACAAGUUAUUGGGGAAGGAACCCACUUUUUAAUCCCAUGGUUACAGAAAGCCAUUAUUUAUGAUGUGAAAACGAAACCGAAGACCAUUGCAACUACUACUGGAUCAAAGGAUUUACAGAAUGUUUCAUUAACUUUGAGAGUACUCCAUAGACCUGAAGUGUUGAAAUUACCGGUCAUCUAUCAAUCGUUAGGUUUAGAUUACGAUGAAAGGGUUUUACCAGCCAUUGGUAAUGAAGUUUUGAAAUCGAUUGUUGCGCAAUUCGAUGCUGCAGAAUUGAUCACGCAAAGAGAAGUGGUGUCUGCUAGAAUUAGACAAGAAUUGUCCCGUAGAGCUAACGAAUUUAAUAUCCAAUUGGAAGAUGUUUCCAUCACUCAUAUGACUUUUGGUAGGGAAUUUACCAAAGCGGUUGAACAAAAGCAAAUCGCUCAACAAGAUGCAGAAAGAGCGAAAUACUUGGUUGAAAAGGCAGAACAAGAAAAGAAGGCUAACAUUAUUAGAGCUGAAGGUGAAGCCGAAAGUGCUGAAACCGUGUCUAAGGCGUUGGCUAAGGCUGGUGACGGUUUAUUGAUGAUCAGAAGAUUAGAAGCCUCUAAAGAUAUUGCUGCUACUUUAGCUAAUUCGCCAAAUGUUUCUUACUUGCCAAGUGGUGGUAAGGGCGGUGACAAUGACUCUAAAAAUUCUUUAUUGUUAAAUGUUGGUCGUUAA